UCAAUCGUUUUUGUCAUUCUGUGCAAGUCGGACGUGUUGGGGCUGCUGCUGCUGCUACGUACGGUUUACCCUCUGUUCAUAGUGUGUGUGUGUGCUAUCUUUUGCUGGCUGUGUUAGUGUGUUUUAAAUAAGUUUCCUUAAACAAAUUACGUAGAAAAUCCACGAUUUUCUCACUCUCGCUAUACUAAAUUUCUUGGUGGCGUGAAAAGUGUGUAACAACAGCAACAACUACUACAGUAGCAGCAAUAACAAAUUGAAACAAAGUAACGCGUGUGUGAAAUACAACAAAUACAUAUAUACAUAUAUUCAAUAGUUAUUAACAACCCCACAACAACAACAAAUACAACAACAAACUACAAUCAUGAGCUGGCAAGAUUAUGUUGAUAAUCAACUUUUGGCCUCGCAGUGCAUUACCAAGGCGUGCAUUGCCGGACACGAUGGCAACAUUUGGGCGCAGUCCAAUGGCUUUGAGGUUUCAAAGGAAGAGCUGGCCAAAUUGAUCAGCGGCUUUGAUCAGCAAGACCUGCUUACCAGCAGCGGCGUGACAUUAGCCGGCCAACGGUACAUUUACCUCUCAGGCACAGAUCGCGUGGUGCGCGCAAAACUGGGCAGAAACGGAGUGCACUGCAUGAAGACGACACAAGCCGUCAUUGUUUCCAUCUACGAGGAUCCUGUGCAGCCCCAGCAGGCCGCUUCCGUGGUGGAGAAACUUGGAGAUUAUCUGAUUACUUGCGGGUACUAGAAAAUAAAGUAUAUAAAACAACAACAAUACAACACCAUCAACAACCAACACACCAACAACACAGCAACAAAUUCGAUAAGAAAGCGUAAAUGAACUAAAUAACUAAAAACAAAAAAAAGUAAUUAUUAAUAUUUAAAUGAGAAAUGCCAAGAAA